AUGGAUGUACUGGCAAAGAAGAUUCUACGAGCUAGAUACUCCUGGAUGACCAUGGAAAGUGAUUGCAGCAAAUAUGUGCAAAGGUGCCAUCAGUGCCAAAUCCACGGUGAUCUAAUCAAGGUCCCUCCAAGUGAGCUUAAUGCUAUGAGUUCACCAUGGCUUUUCGUUGCUUGGGGCAUGGGUGUUAUUGGACCCAUUAAACCCACAGCUUCAAAUGUCUACGGGUUCAUUUUAGUUGCUAUUGGCUACUUUACCAAAUGGGUAGAAGCAACGUCUCACAAAUCAGUAACGAAGAAAGUGGUAGUUGACUUCAUGCGAAACCACAUCAUAUGCCGAUUCGUUCAAGAUCACUCACCGAAAUUCGACAGCCUACCAGCCGCAAAUGAACGGAACCGUAGAAGCAGCCAACAAAAAUAUCAAGAGGAUAUUGAGGAAAUGGUUGAUAUUCAUAAAGUCAUACCUGCUGAAGCUGAGAUACCUUCCCUAAGAAUCAUUCAAGAAGCAGAAUUAGACAAUGCUGAAUGGGUCCGAGCUCGAUAUGAGCAAUUGGCUCUAAUUGAUGAGAAAAGGAUGGUUGUCGUAUGUCACGGUCAACUGUACCGACAAAGGAUGGCAAGAGCCUUCAACAAGCGAGUCAGAACUAGAAUUUUUCCACAUCAAGAUGAAUACAAAGGGAAGUUUGCUCCCAACUGGCAAGGUCCUUAUAUGGUCCGCAAAGUACUCUCUAGAGGAGCAGUAGUAUUGGCAGAAAUGGACGGACAAGAGUGGCCAAAGCCAAUCAACUCAGAUACAAUCAAGCGCUACUAUGCAUGA